UCCAUCGUGACCACUUGCGACUUCCAUGUCGUUCUUCAUGAGCUUCUUCGCGGGCCAUGACGCCAAGGUGCGCUCGCUCGACGAGGCAAGCCCGCUGCUCGACCAAUCCAAGGUUGCCAAGCCGGCGCGGACCUACCUACACGAGGCCCAGUCGCUCCUGCUGCUGGCGCUGCCUCUCGUCCUUAGCUCGGCGCUCGACCAUGUCGCUGGUGUUGUGCCCAUCAUGAUGAUGGGCCACCUCAGCAGCGAGUACAGCAAAUCGUACAUUUCAGCGAUCGCGAUGGCCACGACCUUUCUCGUUUUGACGUCAUGGACGGUUAUCUGGGGCACGGGCGCCGCCAUGGACACGCUCUGCUCGCAGUCGUACGGCGCCGGUCAGUCGCAGGACAUGGGCCUCGUCUUCCAGGCCGGCUUGCUCGCGGGUAUGAUUCUCCUCACGCCGAUGCUCGCACUUGGCUUUUUCGCCAAAGACUGCCUCUUGCUGCUCGGGCAGUCGGACGAAGUCGCGGACCUCGCUUCAAACCUUGUGACCAUCAUGUUGCCGGCGCCCCCGUUCUGUCUUUUCUACGACCUCUUGCGCCGUGUGCUCCAAGGCCAAACCAUUGUUGCGCCACUCACGCUCGUGUCCUUUGUGUGUGUACCCCUGAACCUCAGCAUCAACUACGUGCUCAUGUUUCACACGUCGCUCGGGUACCUCGGCCGCGCCGUGGGAGCUAGCAUCAUGGGCCUCCUCUCGCCGCUGCUGCUCUUGCCCUACAUGAUGCGCACGUCAUUGUACAAGACCGAGUGGCGCGGCUGGGACCUCGAGGCGGCCAUGGCGCUGGUGCCCGAAGUGCUUUCCCUUGGGAUCGCCGGCGCGGCCAUGCACGGGUUUGAGCUCUGGGGCAUCGCGCUCACGUCCAUUAUCGCGGGCAACUUGCCGCACGGCGAGACCGCGAUCAGCGCCGACGCGUGCAUGCAUUCGUUUCGCGGCUUCUUCUACAUGGUCUACGGCCCGAUCGGGGUCGCGGGGUCGAUCCGCGUUGGAAACGCGCUCGGAGCGAACGACCCGGUGCGCGCCAAGGUCGUUGCGUGGGAGACGGUCGGUAUCUGCGGGACGCUGGGCCUCGGCGCGGCGUUCGUCAUGGUCUGGCUGCGCCUCUCGUACCCGUAUACGUACACGAACGACCUCGCCGUUGUCUACUUGACGUCGCAGCUUCUUUUGGUGUGUGCGCCGUUUCAGGCGGCCUGUGGCGUCUACGCUGCGAUCCUCGGCAUCUUCCGCGGCACGGGCCAGCAGUCCCGGGGUGCUGUGCUCAAUGGCGUCGCCUACAUUGGGGUUGGUCUCCCGCUCGGUGUCGCGCUCGCAUAUGUGAAUGCAAACGGCAUUGUUGGGCUUUGGAUCGGUAUGUCGGUGGCCUUUCUCUGCUGUGCAGUCUAUGGUGUCUACUGGCUGUAUCACGUCGACUGGGUCGUGCUUGCUACCGAUGCUCAAGUCCGCACCCACGAGACACUGCACCCGACCGACGUGCACGACGUCGUCGCGUGAGACCCUCGUCGUCCUCUUGUUCGACAUAUAUCUUUGAACUGUGCUAUUGUACUACUGUCU